AUGUUUACUUUCCUCCGCAUCCAAGCAGUCAAGUCUGUUUCCAGAACAACACUCGGCCUCGGUCUCCUCUCGAGUCCUGCAUGUCGGAUGCAUAGCCCGGCCUCCAAGUACCUUCGCCCUCUCUGCUAUGAAUACAAAUCAGUCAGACGGCUUGCUUCACAGACCAUUCUACAUGACGUUCGCGCUCACAAAGCCGGACAAGAGGCCAGCCAACGUAGCCAACCCGUUGACACCCGUGAUCCCCACGGUCCUGGUUGCAAGGAUUACGAUACCUUGAUCCCCGAUAUCGAUGUCAGAAAGCUUAAAAGUAGGAUAGCUGGCGUGGCAGGUAUACCGUACCAUUCACCUGCGACUAGGGAAGAAGCCGAUGCCGUAGUCAAAAUCGGUGACUGCUUUCUCUACGGCCCAAACUUGCGCAUUUUCUUUCCAGCCAUUCUCAGUUCCCCAGAGGGCAAGGCUCAUUGGGUCUUCUUUCUUGUAAACUCAGGCACAUCUCGGACUUAUCUCUCAACUCAGGUAAAUGUUCUCCACUGGAAUUAAGGCAUCUGACUGACUGAGAACAACUUAGACCAGUGACCUCUUCGGUAUUACUCCCUCGGAUGUUUCGGCUGCUGUCGCUAUUGCUGGACAUCACCACACCGUCUACCGGGCACCUCAACAUUCUCACUUCGCCGAAGUCGAUAUUCUCGGCACACAUUUCUUGAAUGCCCAUGGAGCCAGCCUGAUAACUGAUUUCGCUGCACUCCGAGCGAAGUUAUUCUUCGGUGGUACGGCAUGGAAGGUUAUGGUAGAGGGGGCAAAGUUGUAGCAGUUAGUGCACUUUUUGGUUCGUUUUUUACAGCUGUACUUAGGGUGUGCGCAAAAGUCCGUCGAACUUCCCAUUUAUAUGCACAGUUUGUAUGUUUGUGUUUAGCUAGUGGAUGCCGGAUAGGUUUAGCUAGGACAAAUGUAUGAUAUUAAUAUGGGUAUGAACCAUUGCCAGAGCACACAAUUGGUGUAUUUCCUCGCAAUUUGGUGAAAGAAAAAAGUCAGUCGAACUCUUGGCGCAGUGGCUGGAGCAAAUGCUGUUCGCCGAGUGGCCGAGAAGGCCUGGAAACAAUAAGAGGAGGUUCGACAGACUUACCCUAAACCCCCUGUACGAGUGUAACUCAACCAUAUUUAUCAUUACGGUAUUGUGCC